CAACUGGGGAGAGAGAGCGAACGAGUCAGGGCACAGAGAAAUAACAGCGCCAUCUUCUCGUCGCCAGUAGAAGCACUCUGUGUGUGUGUCUCUCUCACCAUAUCUCCCGCACCCUCCUCCUCAUCCUCCUCCUCCGCGUCUCUCUCCCCUUCUCUCCACGGCUCGACAUUUCAUUCUCGGCACGUCUCACGAGGCUCAGCAGCGGCAGCAGCAGCAGCAUCAACAAUGGGCGUCAAAGGCUGUAUGAAAUGCGUCAAAUACCUCCUCUUUGUGUUUAACUUCGUUUUUUGGCUGGCCGGAGGCGCGGUGUUGGGGAUCGCCUUGUGGCUGCGCUUCGACUCCCAGACCAAGGAUAUCUUUGACCUGGAGGGAUCCCCCUCCACCUUCUACACUGGCGUGUACGUGCUCAUGGGAGCCGGUGCGCUCAUGAUGCUCAUCGGAUUUCUCGGCUGCUGCGGAGCCAUCCAAGAGUCGCAGUGCAUGCUGGGAUCGUUCUUCGUGUGCCUGCUGGUGGUAUUUGCUGCCGAGAUUGCAGCUGGAAUAUGGGGCUUCCUGAGCAAGGAGCAGAUCCCGCAAGACAUGAAGAAGUUCUACACGGAUUUGUACGACGAGUAUCAAGAGAAAAAAACCGACUCCUCCAAGGCUGCCCUCAUCACCUUCCACAAGACGCUCAGCUGCUGCGGCAAAAUGGUUAUCACCAGCCUGCUCAACUUCGACUACCAAGACAUCUGUCCAACUCAAAAAGUUACGGAUCCAACGGUGGACUGCAUAAGGCAGAUUGAUGAAAUAUUCACAAGCAAGGUCUACAUCAUCGCCUGCAUUGGCAUCGGUAUCGGAGUGAUCAUGAUAUUCGGCAUGAUCUUCAGCAUGGCCCUCUGCUGUGCCGUGCGCAACAACCGGGAUUACAUCUGACGGGGUUCCACGUGCCUCCGUAAGAACCGGCUUCGUCUGUUCCCGGUUGCACCAGGACUCAUUGCAGCUUACUAAAACAUUUACAUUGGAAUUCUUAAAAUCAGCCUAUAGACAUAUACAGUUAUACGCCUGCUCAUAGACGUGCAUGACAUUGGCUUGUUACUUUGUAUUGUGUGCUAAAAUAGAAGUGUAAUUCAUUAGGCAAACACAUAAUGAUCGUAAUAUUUUUUUAAUGCUGUAUUAACAUUUUUUUUUUUUUUAGAAACACGUACGCUGUAAAAGUCAAACGCUCUCAAAGUGAAGGAUACACGUGGACAUUUUAGAUGUAGAGUGAGUCCAAAUUUUACUUUUCGCGGGACCGUAUCCAUGUUCGUGCUAUAUGAUUUUAUCACCGGUGAUUGCGUCUGCAUCAAAGUGCUUCUGAAAUUAAACUGUUGCUGUGCCUUUCUUAAACACACACACACACA